CAAGUCUCUCAGGAGUGCAUAACGGCCUAUAACGAGCUUAAGCUCUCCAAGAAGUACAAGUACAUCAUCUACAAGCUCUCGGACGACAACAAGGAGAUCGUCGUCGAGGAGGCCUCGGCCGAUAAGGACUAUGACAACUUCCGCGAGAAGCUGAUCAACGCCCAGACCAAGUCCAAGAGCGGCCCCCGCUACGCUGUCUACGACUUCGAGUACAGCCUGGCCUCUGGCGAGGGUGAGCGCAACAAGAUCACCUUCCUCGCCUGGUCCCCCGAUGAUGCUGGUGUCAUGGCCAAGAUGGUUUACGCCUCCUCCAAGGAGGCGCUGAAGCGCUCGCUCACUGGUAUUGCGACCGAGCUCCAGGCCAACGAUGCCGACGACAUCGAGUACGACUCCAUUCUCAAGACCGUCAGCAAGGGCAUGGCUGGUUAA